AUAUCGAUCGACUCAAGAUACGGUAUUGGCAUUGUUUGCGCUUUCUAAAGCUGCACGAAAACUAUACUCUGAUGAUUCGAUCAAAGUGGCCCUUCACGUUACAAUGGAGAAUUACAUAAACAAAACGUUUCAAGUCAACGAUAAUAACAAACUGAUCACUCGAAAAGAGGAGAUCAUCAUAUUCCAUUCCACCCAUGUAAAAGCACGCGGUACUGGGAGCGGUCACGUAUUGUUUCAGGCCGAUCUGACCUACAACAUUCCUAACGUCGAUCCAAGCGACUCGUUCCAACUAAACGUAUCGGUGAAAGCCAAAGCAUUUAACUUAGACGAGAUCACGUUUGACUUGAAUCGAUUCACACGAAACUCACAAGACGAAAUCGACGAACUACCGAACCCUGACGAUCUCUUUUGGAAAGAAGAUCCGGAUAUAGACGAGAUAGACAAAGAAAUUGAAAAAGAGAUCGAACGGCAUUCGAGAGAAACAGAGGAGGAGAAAAACGAGAGGAACACGCCCACUCAGACCGUUUCAUUCGCAAACGAAACGCAACAACAACAACACCCGACAGUUUUGAUCACGAAUGUCUGUUUUAAGUGGAAGAGACUAGAGGAAAAACCGGGAAUGGUCAUCAUUGAAGUGGGUCUGUUGUCGGGAUUCCAAGCAGACUCGAUAUUACUUCAACAAUUAUUUCCAAAGACAGAGAUCGGCCUGAUGCGAUAUGAAGUUAAACGUCGUGUCGUUACUUUCUAUUUUGAUGAAUUUCCUCAAGACAGGCCGUUGUGUUUCAGUUUUGAGCAAAAACGAAGUCACUGCAUUGCAAACCUUCGACCAGCGUAUGUCAGGGCGUACUCGUACUACCAACCGGACUUCAGUACAACUGUAAAGUACGAUCCUCCUGAGGACAUUUCCAACAACAAUCUAGAAGAAUGUGAUGCAGAGAUCAUUAGUGGAGACGUAGUUGAAAUAUCCUCUUCUGGAUCAGGUGGAGGUCAAAAUUUUGGUUAGUUAGAAAUUUGAUGAACAUGAAACAACGACAAUGAAACAAUGGCUGUCCUGAAUUUUUCUUUGCUACUGAUGUGUGUCUUUAGUGUUGCAGUCUUUAUGUUUGACUAUUGCUCAGCAGUUUGUGAGAACAUGUAAUUGUUAGCAUGAUAAAACAGUCUUAAAAUCAACAUGUUCGAUCU